CUCUAUGGGGCCGCAAAGUUGAUAUGCAGCAGAGUGUUAGCCAGAUCGAGGUCCUGCAGGAGAGAGGAUGAUUUCGACGGGAUGGUGCGGGUCCGAACACACGGAUCUCUUGAAGUUGAAAUCCGAUCUGUUCGAUGUGUCGGAAAGGAUCUCACGCCUGGCCGGUCCCGAGAUCCAGGCCCAGAGCAAGGUCGGCGAGGAUGCGGCGGCUGCGCUGCCCGAUCCGGCCGCCAAGGAGGAGACCCAGGAGACGAUCGUUGGUCAGGCAGACAACCCGUUCCUCUGGCAGUCCAAACCCAAAUUCAUCAUUGGCAUAUUGUCGAAGAUCCAAGAAGACGUCGGCGACGUCGCUUCGGUGCUCGAAGCAGAAAGGACGAGGAAGGAGGCGGCGGCAGCGCUAAGCUUUGCCUUCAGGUUAGAGCUGUGCUGCAAGCGGAUCGACGAGCUGUGGCGCGAGAUGCACGAAAUACUGAGAUCGUUCUCGGCGGAGAAGAAAGAUCUUGUUAAGACCAUGACCAUGUUUACUUCUGAGCCGUGCGUGCACCGCAUCGCCAAGCUGAAACGGAUCUCUGAGCGUAUCACCACGCUCCGGCGGUUGGACCCAGGUCUUGACUCCAAAGUGAAAUCAACGCUCGUCCGGUUGAAAUCGGAAUCCUUCUUAUCCGCCAUGGAGGGCGAGAGCGAAGGUGUUGCGGGAGGAGACGGAGCCAAAUCUUCCGCGGAGAUGGACAAGUCAUUCGCUGCUUACCGCCUCUUCUGGGAACGGACAUGGGGCACUGACUACAGCUUCGAACAUCAGACGUUAUUGAGCCCCAUGCAAUAUACACAUUGCACACCAGGCCGCAUCCCCGUUGACGCUGUUGCGGGGAGCACCUUGCAGAUCAACUCCAUCAAAGUCUCUGCAGUAGAAGAACUCGGGCAUUCACCGGAGGUGUAUGGAGUGGUAGCGGCCCGAGACGCUGCAGACCGUCAUCGCAACCCUAUCUUCCUUCGUACAUGGAAUGACCGCCAAAUCCUCACAAAACAAGAUCCUUUUUUGCAAUUGACUGGGCCAGUACGUGCGAUUGUGUCGACGGAUACUGUUUACAUUGAAAUCCAACUAAAAGUAAAGGACGAAACAAAAUCUGAGGAUAGAGCAUUGAUCAGUACAUUCUACCUUUAUAAUGCUGAGCAACAUGGAAGUUUCCUUGUCAGCAGCCCCUUAUGCACAGUGGAACUAUGCUGUGAGAGACUUGAAGAGUCAGUCCAGGCCACUAUCCUGAGUGCAGUAGUUAAAGCCCACGAAGGGUCAUCUCCUUUUCCACACGGCGGAAGAAUUGUCUGCUCUUCACUACCUUGUCAUGGUUAUGAGGAUAUCAUUGGGCUCCCAUCUACGGAAGUUGUGCUGCUUGAGUCACAAAAUGGAAGAAUGCCAAUGGCUAGAAAUGGUCACCUUGAUCUGAUAAGGCAUGUGGUUUCUGUGGAAUUAAGAGGAAAGUUGAAAUUUAUCAUAAAGACCUAUUCACCUUCACACCCUGCUGAGAUGGCUACUUAUGAUGUCCUCUUCACACCCGAAAAAUGCAACAUCAGUAAAAAAACAUGUAACCUUGAUGGUGGCUCUGAGGUGGAGAUUACUGUUGCUUGGUCCUUCCUUCCUUCGAUGCUAUCUUGA